AUCCACCAAUGAAAAGUUCCCUCUUUUCUCUUUUUUUCUUUUUCACAGUCUGUUCUCGACCCAGAUUUUCCUGGGGAAAAAUAAAACAAACUCAAUCCAGCCGAUUUCCACCAAUAUUCGAGAAGGGUUUCUUGAAAUUUUCUCGAUCGUAAAGAAGGAUUUAAAUGGGUUUGGUUUCGGGUCAAACUCGAAUUGCUAUGAUGAACCUCUCGCUCUCCUCGGCUGAAAAGAACGUUAAUUUUCGCUCCUCACUUCUCAAUUCUAAGAACGCGAUUUCAGAUAGUUGUGGGGUCUCUUCCAGAUGCUGUACAUUCCUCAGGGGUCAAUCUCAAAGAAUACAUUUUUCUUGGGUUCGCCACACUCGACCUUUGAAGAAACGAGCAGGCCACGUGGUGUCGCCGAUCUGCGUCUUGCCGUUAACGGAAGAGAGUGUAGAGAGUGUGCUCGACGAAGUACGGCCGUCGCUAAUGGCCGACGGAGGAAACGUGGCGCUACACGAAAUCGACGGACUUGUGGUGGUUCUAAAGCUACAAGGAGCUUGCGGGUCGUGUCCUAGCUCGUCAAUGACGUUGAAGAUGGGAAUCGAGAGUCGUCUCCGAGAUAAGAUCCCCGAAAUCAUGGCCGUCGAGCAGUUUCUCGAACCUGAGGCAGGAGGAUUAGAGCUCAACGAAGAGAACAUCGAAAAGGUUCUGUCUGAGCUACGGCCGUAUCUAUCCGGUACGGGAGGUGGAGGGCUUGAGCUGGUUGAGAUCGAUGGUUAUGUGGUCAAGGUUCGGCUCACUGGACCAGCUGCUGGGGUCAUGACCGUUCGUGUCGCGUUGACUCAGAAACUGAGGGAAACAAUUCCUUCGAUCGGUGCAGUCCAGCUUCUAGAGUGACACUGAUUUGACUCCUUUUUUAUUUUGUAACUUCUAUCCAAUUUUACAAAGCCUUUUUCCCCCAAUAUACAGUAGUUAAUAUCAAAUUUUCAAAUUAGUAUGUAUUAGCCUCUUUUGUUUUUGUUAACGAAGAAAAGAAUUAUAAUCAGAGAUAAUAAAUGUACACUAUAGAAACAAUUCCUUGGAUGAGAUGCGAAUUUAUCAUUUCUUUC